AUGGUCAAGAAGAAGGGAAGAGCCCAAGGGCUGGUUCUGUCCAAGACGGGCGGAUCCAGCAAGACUAAGGUUCCAAAGUCGAAAAAACAGAAGCAGAAGCAGAAGCUGCGAAAGGGCCAGCUGAAGACCAAAGCAUCUGCAUCGGCGAAAGGACCCGCGAAACCCAAACCGGAGGCGGUCGCAAACGAGGACAGCGGCUCUGAUGAAGAGAUAUCCGAGGACGACGUGGACCCUGCCGAGCGCGAGGACUACAUGUCCCGACUCAUUGCGUUUUUGAAGAAGAACGGGAAGAGCCACAUCAGCCGGAUCGGCCGCAACGUGGACAAGCCGGAAAACUUGAAGAUCGGAAAGUUCCUAACGAUGCACGCCGAGGUCUUCAAGAUCGACAAGAGCACUGGUAGCGUUUCCUUGAGCUAG